AUGUCUUCUGCUGCUAAAGAAGAUUUGCUGAAGACUGAUAACUUAGAAGGUUUGAAAGAAGGAGAGAUUUUUGUGGAUAAGGAGACGGGAAAGAAAUACCGUGUUAAGAAAACUAUACUUCCUCAUUACUCAUCUUCUGGACCUCAUGGGCUUGGCGACCCUGAUGAUAGAACUCUUCGUAAAAUAGAGGCAGAUGUUAUUAUUCCUAAUAGAAUGAAUGCGCGGAUUGAGAAAAUUGAUUGUCGAACGCAGUACUUAGAUUUGGUGAAAUGUAUGCAAGAUGAUGGAGCUGUCAAAGGCUUACAAUCAUGCAAACCAUCCUUGGCUAUAUUCAAUAAAUGCAAAUUUGAUAAGUUCCAUGAUACUGAAUUCCGAAGCCAUAUGACGAAUGAGUAUUUAACUGAACGUUCCGAAGCUCGUCGGACAGGAAUGACUUCCCGACAAAGAAAGUUAGAAGAAUUUAGACAAUGGAAGAAAGAUAACACCAGUUCCAACUAA